ACAGAAGAACGACUUUUUAGGGGACUCACUUCUGGAUGAGGUCCUCUAGCUAACCAGCUCCCAUCCGUAUAGGCAGAAGGAUCCAUUUUUGUUUUCUUAAAUUAAAUCCUUAUUUGUUUCUGAAGUUCGUGUUUCCUUCUUCGGUUCCUCCCCCUUGCUUGCCUUCCCCCUUUCCCAAUUUCAGAUCUUUCCUCUUUGUCUCUCGUUCGUUUCUUCUCUUAUACAAGACUAGGUUUCACUUCCUGUUUCCCAAUACCUUAUUCUGGGUUUUUCUUUAUUUUCUUAGGGUUUUUACAAUUCCACAAUCUCUUUUCUCUCUGGUAUAAUUCUCCUUAAUAAUUUCUAGCUAUCAGUUAUCACCCAUGGAUUUUGGUGGAGCUCGAAAAAGAGGUAGACCUAACGCUGCCUUAAAUUCUAAUGGUGGAUUCAAACGGAAUAAACAAGAAACGGAGACCUGUACACCUGGUAUAGGAAGCAAAUCAAAGCCAUGCACCAAGUUUUUCAGCACUUCUGGGUGUCCCUUUGGUGAAGGAUGCCACUUCUUACACUAUGUUCCUGGGGGUAUCCAUGCUGUGGCCCAGAUGACCAACUUGGGUGGAAACCAAUCUCAUCAGCCACCUUCUAGAAACCCACUAGGCCCACCACCAAUGAUGGCGGACGUUACAUCUCCAUCUUCUGCAAGAACAAAAAUGUGCUCCAAGUAUAAUUCAGCUGAAGGUUGUAACUUCGGGGACAAAUGCCGAUUUUCUCAUGGAGAUAGGGAAUUUGGUAAAUUGAUUGGUUCACCCUAUGAAGAUCCACGUGUUAUGGGUAUUCCUCCACAUUUGAUGGGCAGGAUGCCUAACAGGUACGAGCAGCAACCUCCACCGCCUCAAAGCCUUGCUGCAGCAGCAAGUUUUGGUGCCUCGGCAACUGCCAAGAUCAGCGUAGAUGCGUCCCUAGCCGGAGCUAUAAUUGGGAAAGGAGGUGUGAAUUCAAAGCACAUCUGUCAUUUAACCGGAGCCAAGCUUGCAAUACGGGAACAUGAGUCAGAUCCUAGCUUGAGGAACAUUGAGUUAGAGGGAACCUUCGAUCAGAUCAAACAGGCUAGCGCAAUGGUUCGUGAACUAAUUGUUAAUGUUGGUGCUGCUACAGCACCUAUGAAGAAUCGCCAACCCCAUGCUGCAACAGCACCUGCGCCAUCAGCGAACAACUUCAAGACAAAACUAUGUGAGAACUUCUCAAAGGGUUCUUGCACUUUUGGUGACAGGUGCCAUUUUGCACAUGGCGCAAGUGAGUUGCGCAAGUCUGGAGUGUGAGUAUCUUGUCUCUCUGUAUCAUCGAAUUUUUGCUCUUUCUUUUCACUUGCGUAAACAAUCAGGGGAUCUUCAAAUGCUAGUUUUGUAGUCGUAUAUAUCUUUAUUUGUGGUUGUUAUUUGGAACACAACUAACUGUAAAGAACAUUAUCGUGUUAUAAGAAAUUUAGAGGCCUUUUCAUUUUUCUUUUUGGAA